CGCUCCCCUCGCCUCGCAAACUCUCGCCAAGUUUGGGCCGGGCCAGGCCAGGACGAUGGCCGCGACGGGGCCCGGAGUCGACGGGGAGCGGAUUGACCUGUCCCUGGAUGACAUCAUCAAGCUCCACCGGAAGGGACCGGCAACCUCAGGAGCCCAAGAGGUGGUAAAGAGGCCCCCCGUCACUCCCCGGCCCCAGUUUCUCCCAGGCAGUGGGCGACCACCACAGCAAGCCCCCCAGAGAUUCAGAAGGAAGUUCGGGCCACAGGGAUUCUCAAGACGAUUUCCAAAUGCUCCCAAGACAGGAGGGGCUGGUAGGUUUGGGGGACGGAGCCCCCUGAACAGACCGGCCGCAGCUCCAGAGCAGGGUGACUCGGAUGCACGGCCCUCACCGCAGGGCCGGCUCGGGCAGUGGGCGGCGUUCAGGAGGCGGCCCGGAUCGGGAAGAUUCGGAGCAGCAGGAAGAAUCGCUGCCACCGGUACCACCACGGCCACUUCAGCCAAGAGGCCAUUUGCCUUAAGGCGAAGGGCGAUGGUGGCAGCAGCAGUGUUCCCACAGAAGGCGGGUCAGCGCAGGUGGACUCCAAUCUCCCCUCGGCGCCGGUUCUCCCUGCAGAUGGAAUCAGACCCAGAUGGGAAACCACUGAGAGCCCGAAGGCGGCAGCUGCUGCCCCAGCGUGGAGCCGUGCUGACCAUCUCCGUGUCCAAUCCUCGGGCCAGGGAGGCCAAACCAUACGGAAGAGCAGGGUUGAAGCCCCAAUUUGGGACAUUUGUCCCAAAGGCAACCAGACCCCAGCCCAAAGGCGUGUCCCUGAGAUUCAACUUCCGGGCCAUGGCCAAUCAGACAACGCUGACGCUGAAUGAGCGGUUCUCUGGUUUGGAGAUUAAAGGACGUUUGCCCACCCCGCAACUGGGAGGCCGGACCGUGACCCUCCCCUGAAUUGCUGCAGAAAUGGCACCUGGACACUCACUGCUCCACUUGGCAGGCCUGUGGGCCUCUGGCCCAAUGCCAUUUCCUCUGUUCUUCUCAUUCAGAGCUGUGGCCGAUCUCUUUUUACCACUCAUUAAAAGAGGAGUCACAACC